AUGGAUUCUUCGCUGCAUGAGGUCUGGCAAGCUGCUGCUGGCAGUCCCUUCUUUCCUACCGUGAAUAAGGACACCCAGUUCACGUUGGCCUUUGCCUUGCUGUUUGUCGGCUUCUUCCUCGCUGGUGUCUUUGCCCUGAACCGCACUUUCAUCAACGUUCCCCUACUAGGUGUUCCGGCUUCCCUCGCUAUUGCUUGGAGCAAUCAAGAGAAGACGCUACUUCGCGCGCCAAUUGCCUUUCUGCCUGUUUUUGAACCUUUCAUUCACGCACCUUUCCCAAACAACCACAGCCGCAACCUCGAUAUGUCUGCAGAAACCCAACCUAUUUUCCGCGCGGUCGCGACUUCGACCAGACCACUGUAUCAACUUUUGAGGUGCAUCAACUUUGCACCCAGGGUUCAUGUUCAAAUUACAGAGGACGGCGUUCGUUUCGCUUCCGAUCAUGCGCGGGUGAUGCAGGGUGUUGCGUUUCUCGACAAAUCUCUCUUUUCUUCUUAUACGGCCAAUGUACCCGCUCAGGACACCGAAGACGCACCUGAGCUUCCUAAUUUCCAACUUUCCUUGUCGUCCGUACUUGAGGUACUCCAGAUUUUUGGAGCCGUAGAUGUGGCCACUCGCGCUCAAAAAGCAGAGCAAGAUCCGUACCGCAGCAAUCUCCGGAACUAUCGCCCUGAUGCAUUCAGCAACCAAACCCUUGGUAUUUCUGGCACUUGCACUCUCCUGUACGCCGAAGAAGGGGACCCUUUUAAGAUCACCAUCGAGGAAUCUGGCGUGAAGACAACUGCAUCUCUGACCACCUACUUACCAGAGAUACCUGACGACAUUCCUUUUGACCGCACUGAUCUGACUUUCAAAAUCAUCAUGCAAUCUCGAACUUUGCUCGAUUCUCUCGCGGAGAUUUCUCCAACAGCGCCUCUGAGAUUGACGAUAACGGCCACUAAAAGCUCGCCUUUUCUAUCAAUCGCUGGUGUGGGAGAUCUAGGAAGUUCGGGCGUGGAUUUUGCACGAGGAAGGGAACUUCUUGAGACGUUUACCAUUCAAGACCGUUGGUCACAGUCCUAUAAGUUCGAUUUUAUCAAGAAUUCGACAGAAGCGAUGCGAAUCGCCAGCAAAGUCAGCUUACGAGGUGAUUCACAGGGUGUUCUGAGUCUGCAGUUCAUGGUGAAUGUAGAGGGUGGCAAGCAAAGCUUUUUGGACUUUCGAUUUGUGCCAUUUCUGCAGAACGAGGACGACGAUGAAGCUGACUGA